AUGGAGAAUGAGUCACAAGGUAAGGACUUUUGAUUGUUUUUGAAGAUUUUAGAUAACAAAUACAAGAGAAUGACUGGCGAACUUGUGAUUUUCAGCAAGCUAUAUUAGCGGUUAUGGGUUAUUUUCGAUGUUACACUAGAGCUGAUCGUUUACUAAAGCAAAAAUUAUUUCUUUUGCCGAUAACGAGUUGAGAAUGAUGUAAAACGUUUUUCAGCCCUCAACGACAGUGUGCACCGUCUUUUAACAACGUCUUUGGACGAUUCUUGUCGAAUCCCCGUUCUUUCUUCUUCUCAACCAGAAUGCUCGGGAUUUCAAAGCCAAGAAAAGGCUGCAAACCUGCUUUCGUCCGGAGGCUCGACUCCCGAACUUUCCGAGGACGAGGAGGAAUAUGAAGAAGAGGAGGGAGACGAACUAACCCACGCUGAGAACAUUGAUGUCCUAGCGGAAAGCUUGAAAAUGAUGUUAGGAGUAACCGAAAAUGGAGAGUAUCGAAAAGAGGCUUAUCGUUUAAUGGGAGAUGCUGUCAGCUUGGAGCAAUUUAAAGAGCGAGUCAAGGAGAAGAUUACGGAGUUUAUGAACAAAGCCGAGGAGCGAAUGAAGCAGAAGGAAGUCUUGGUGAACUUGAAAGAAAAGGGAGUCCGAACUAAAGUCCGAGGUGUCAAAAAAACUAUUGUAAGUUUUUACUUUGUUUUUUUACAUUGAUGUUUAGAAAAAAGCGAAAGCAGCUCACAAGUCACAUCUUAAUCCCGUCGAUCUCAUCAAUGCCAUCCGAUCUCAUCAAGAAAAUUCCCAUCUAGACCAAGCAGUCUGUGAUCUACUAAGUUCCUCGCAAAACUCGAAAUUCGAUCUACUUGAAGCGAUGGUUACAACGGAAAACGAAGACGAUUUGCUCGAGACGUCCAUGGAGAACGUGGGAGACUUAUCGACAAUCUCUUCGUUGGCGUUUGGCCCAUCGUUGAGUACAACAUUACCUUCGUUUAGCGAAACGGAAGAAGAUCAAUUGGAUGUGGAUUUUAGCUCCUCACCCAAUUUCUUGUAG